AGCUCGCAUAAUCAUUUGCAGAGGUACACGAAGAGAUGGCGGUUUAUGCAUGUUUCAAUUAUGAUUACAUUAAUUGCAAUGAUGUGUACAGGAAAAGCUGCUGCCAUUUUAAAGGCGAUCCCCAACUGGGUAGAAGGAGGAUCAGGCCCAACGCUAAUUCCGAUAUCUUGGUUUCUUCGCCGUUCAAGAUAAGAGUUGACUCCGGGAAUCUUUUCCGGUCACGGCUGCCAGUCAUGGUGAACAAUCUGACCGCAGCCCAUCAUCAUCUGGAGUCUACUCUUCCAUACAAGUUACCAAAGCUCAAAGCUGUAACCCUUGGGGAGGCUCUUGCUUCCGCGGAUGAUGAUCUUGUUUUACCUGGUCAAGAUUUCUCCAAGCAGGCCCAUGUUUCCUCUUUCGAAAAGUAUCUGGAGAUGUACAAGAGGUCAAUUGAAGAUCCUGCUGGUUUUUGGUCGGAUAUAGCGUCGGAGUUCUACUGGAAACAGAAAUGGGGUCAGCAGGUGUACUCGGACAAUCUUGAUAUCACAAAAGGGAAGAUCAACAUAGAGUGGUUUAAGGAUGGUAUCACCAACAUCUGCUACAACUGCUUGGAUAAAAACAUAAAUUCUGGAAAUGGGGAAAAAAUUGCGAUUCAUUGGGAAGGAAAUGAGCCUGGUCUUGAUGGAUCUUUAACUUACAACCAGCUGCUAGAUAGAGUUUGUCAGCUUGCAAAUUACAUGAAAGAAAAUGGUGUUAGAAAGGGUGAUUCUGUGAUUAUUUACUUACCUAUGCUCAUGGAACUGCCAAUUGCCAUGCUGGCAUGUGCUCGUAUUGGUGCUGUUCAUUCGGUUGUUUUUGCUGGAUUCUCUGCAGAAUCUCUUGUUCAAAGAAUUAUGGAUUGCAAGCCGAAGAUUGUGAUAACUUGUAAUGCGGUUAGGAGAGGCACAAAAGUUAUCAAUCUCAAAGAUAUUGUUGAUGCUGCACUCUCGGAGUCAUCUGAAAAUGGAAUCUCUGUUGGUAGGAGUUUAUGUUUGACAUAUGGAAAUGAAUCAGCCAUGAAGAAGGAAGCUACUAAAUGGCAAAAGGAAAGGGAUGUUUGGUGGCAGGAUGUUGUUCCUGAAUGUUCUACUAAAUGUGAUGUGGAGUGGGUUGAUGCAGAGGAUCCACUUUUUCUUCUCUAUACUAGCGGAAGCACGGGAAAGCCUAAAGGUGUUCUGCAUACUACAGGAGGAUACAUGAUAUACACUGCAACAACAUUCAAAUAUGCAUUUGACUUCAAGCCAUCUGAUAUAUACUGGUGUACAGCUGACUGUGGUUGGAUUACUGGACACAGUUAUGUUGCUUAUGGACCUCUGCUUAAUGGAGCAACGGUUGUAGUUUAUGAAGGGGCUCCUAAUUACCCAGAUCCUGGACGAUGCUGGGACAUUGUCGACAAGUAUAAGGUGACAUUAUUCUACACUGCUCCUACACUCGUGCGGUCUCUUAUGCGCGAUGGUAACGAGUAUGUUACUCGUUAUUCUCGUAAAUCUUUACGAGUCCUUGGUAGUGUAGGCGAACCGAUCAACCCAAGUGCAUGGAGGUGGUUUUUCAAUGUAGUUGGAGAUUCAAGAUGUCCAAUUUCAGAUACCUGGUGGCAAACAGAGACAGGAGGCUUCAUGAUUACUCCUUUGCCAGGUGCAUGGCCUCAAAAACCUGGUUCUGCUACUUUUCCAUUUUUCGGGGUUCAGCCUGUCAUAGUGGAUGAGAAUGGCAAGGAGCUUGAGGGUGAGUGCAGUGGCUAUUUAUGUAUUAAGAACUCAUGGCCAGGUGCAUUCAGGACCCUCUAUGGAGAUCAUGAAAGAUACGAAACAACUUACUUCAGCGCGUUCCCCGGCUAUUAUUUUAGCGGCGAUGGCUGCAGCAGAGACAAGGAUGGAUACCACUGGCUCACUGGAAGAGUUGAUGAUGUAAUUAAUGUCAGCGGACACCGAAUUGGCACAGCGGAAGUUGAAUCUGCUCUAGUUUCACAUCCUCAAUGUGCUGAAGCGGCCGUGGUGGGUGUUGAGCAUGAGGUGAAAGGGCAGUGUAUAUAUGCAUUUGUUACUCCGAUCGAGGGUGUUGCAUAUAGCGAAGAUCUCAGAAAAAGCCUUGUGAUCGCGGUCCGAACCCAUAUUGGAGCAUUUGCAGCUCCUGACAAAAUCCAUUGGGCACCUGGGCUUCCAAAGACUAGAAGUGGGAAAAUAAUGCGAAGGAUUCUAAGGAAGAUAGCGUCUAGGCAGCUAGAUGAGCUGGGCGAUACAAGCACGCUAGCUGAUCCAAAUGUGGUCGAUCAGCUCAUUGCUCUUGCCGAUAAGUAGUGAGUUUUACGAGUCUCCGGGACCGUCCUCGGCUGGUUUGAGUGAACAAACAGCGAGUUAAACGGUUAUAAAAAUGUAUACAACAACUGGAAAACCAUCAUGUUGGAUAUCGGUUUGAUAAGAAAAAUUAAAUUGAAGUUUCUUUC